AGGUGCACAUGGGUACAAAACGCUGUCGUUUCUUUUGCAACGUUGUGCUUCUGCAUCGGUGAUCUUCUUCCUCCAUCGUUACCGUGGUAGGGUUCUCAGAGUUGCAGUUUCCCUUCAUUUCUUCACCCUCACUCACAUCAACGUCUCGAUCCCUCCACCAAUUACCCGCCAAAUCAACAGCAUCGCAUGACACGCUACGAUAUUUCGUUACGUGCCUGCAAGUAAUUAGCUGAAAAAUUAUUAAGCUUCUGAGAAGAUCGUUAAUCUCUGUGCAUAGCAUUGAAGCACUUGAAAGAUGCAGAAAUUGGGUGACUUCAAACUACCACAUUUCUUCAAUUACCCACCUUACUUCACUUUGCAGCCUGUAAGAGACACAAGAGAGAAGCAGAUACAAGUACAACUAUGGAAAGAACUUAUUUUAGAUUAUUGUAAAACACAGAAGAUAUUUGUAAUUGGACUUGAAGAAGAAUUUCCUCUAUUUACAAAUCAUGUAAUUGAAAGGUCUCUUACCCAUGAAGCCAGAGCAACUUUCCUUUCAGCAUUAGUUUCUGAAGGACGUGCAGAAUGGAUGGAUAAAGGACAUAGGAAGUGUCUUAUUCUCUGGCAUCGGAUUCAAGAUUGGGCUGACAUUUUGAUACAGUUUGCAAAAGAUAAUGGACUGGAAGAUGGUGUUGUGACGAUAGAAGAAAUACGAUCUGGGACUGAAUCUCAAGGAACAGAGCUUCAUGGAAUAGAUCGAACUAUUUUGAAUCGUGCACUGAAACUAUUAGAACAGAAGGGAAAGCUUGUGGUCUUUAAAGGAACUUCAACCGAUGAUGGAGUUAAAUUUUCUCUAUAAUUUUGUGUUUGAAUCUAUUGAAUCUCGGGGGAUUUUAAAUAUGUUCAACAGGGGGAAUCUUUUGCUAUCUACCUCGUGAGUUUGUUGACGUGCAAGAUGUGUAAGAAAAAACUGUAAUUAAUUGCUAUUGAAUUUCAUUUCGGGUGCUUCGUUAAGAGUUUAGUUUUGUAGCCAUUCGUGGUUAAAUUAGUGAAACUAUGCUGCCUGAGAAAUCAUGAAAUUCAUAAAUAGAAGGUGGCGUUCCAUUGUGCCAAAAAAUU